AUGCCCGUCAAAUUACGUCUAGCAGAGGACUCAGAUAUCCCUCGCAUAGCAGAAUCGGCCCUUGCCGCCUUUGAAAGCGAUCCUCUACACAUGGCAAUGCUGCCAAGAGAACAUACGAAUCAUAUAAUGGAAUGGUAUCAAGGACGAUUACGCAGUGCCUUGUCAGAUCCCAAUAUGCGCUCGAUAGUAGCCGUCGAUUCAAGACAGGACGCCGACGGUGUCAAAGAAAUUAUUGCGGGAUACAGCAGAUGGCUUUUACCUUCCAAAUCGAGUGAGGCCAAUAAUGCAGUGGAAAAUGAGAGACCAGCCGCUGCAUUUCCGGAGCUAGCAAAUAAACCUCUGGUAGACUUUUAUCUGCAACAAAGUGACGACAAACGGGGGAAGCAAAUGGACAAAUCUCGAGACGUCGUUCUGUAUGUGCUGGCCACGGAUCCAGCGUAUCAGGGGCAGGGAAUUGGUCGAAUGAUGCUUGAAUGGGGAAUCAACACGGCCGCAACGUUGGCCGAAUCUGGCCAGAACACAAAGCCCAGGAUCCUCCUAGAAGCUACACCACUAGCCUAUCCGAUAUACAAAAAAUUUGGUUGGAAGGACUACGAGUCCAUUACUAUUGAUCUCAAGCAAUACGGAAUCGCCAAUGGUACUGAGCACACGACUGUUUGCAUGAUUAGAGAGUGA